AUGUCUAGCAAAUCCACCGUGAGGAGCCAAAGCGUCAGCCACCGUGGCUUCAGCACCAGCUCAGCCAGAGUCCCAGGGGUCUGCCGCUCUGGCUUCAGCAGUGUCUCUGUGUCCCGCUCCAGGGGCACGGGUGGCCUCGGUGGAGUGUGUGGAGGAGCUGGCUUUGGGAGCAGGAGCCUCUAUAGCCUGGGCGGCUCCAAGAGGAUCUCCAUCGGAGGGGGCAGCUGUGCCAUCAGUGGCGGAUAUGGUGGCCGAGUUGGAGGUGGCUUUGGCUAUGGAGGUGGCGCUGCCAGUGGAUUUGGUUUUGGUGCCACAGCUGGUGGUGGCUUUGGGCUCGGUGGUGGAGCUGGUUUUGCUGGUGGCUAUGGGGGCUCUGGCUUCCCUGUGUGCCCCCCUGGAGGCAUCCAAGAGGUCACCAUCAACCAGAACCUCCUCACUCCUCUGAACCUGCAAAUCGACCCCACCAUCCAGCGGGUGAGGACUGAGGAGCGGGAGCAGAUCAAGACCCUCAACAACAAGUUCGCCUCCUUCAUCGACAAGGUGCGAUUCCUGGAACAACAGAACAAGGUCCUGGACACCAAGUGGACUCUGCUCCAGGAGCAGGGCACCAAGACCGUGAGGCAGAACCUGGAGCCCUUGUUUGAGCAGUACAUCAACAACCUCAGGAGACAGCUAGACAGCAUCCUGGGGGAGAGGGGCCGCCUGGACACAGAGCUCAGGGGCAUGCAGGACAUGGUGGAGGACUUCAAGAACAAAUACGAAGAUGAAAUCAACAAGCGCACAGCAGCAGAGAAUGAAUUUGUGACUCUAAAGAAGGAUGUGGAUGCUGCCUACAUGAAUAAGGUUGAAUUGCAAGCCAAGGUAGAUGCUCUCAUGGAUGAGAUCAACUUCACCAGAGCCUUGUAUGAAGCAGAACUGGCUCAGAUGCAAACCCACAUCUCAGACACUUCCGUGGUCCUGUCCAUGGACAACAACCGUAACCUGGACCUGGACAGCAUCAUCGCUGAAGUCAAAGCCCAAUAUGAGGAGAUCGCUCAGAAGAGCCGGGCUGAGGCUGAGUCCUGGUACCAGAGCAAGUAUGAAGAGCUGCAGGUCACCGCAGGUAGACACGGGGAUGAUCUGCGCAACACCAAGCAGGAGAUUGCUGAGAUCAACCGCAUGAUCCAGAGGCUGAGAUCCGAGAUCGACCAUGUCAAGAAGCAGUGUGCCAACCUGCAGUCCGCUAUUGCUGAUGCUGAACAGCGUGGGGAGAUGGCCCUCAAGGAUGCCAAGAACAAGCUGGCUGAUCUGGAGGAUGCUCUGCAGAAGGCCAAGCAGGACAUGGCCCGGCUGCUGAAGGAGUACCAGGAGCUGAUGAAUGUCAAGCUAGCCCUGGACGUGGAGAUUGCCACCUACAGGAAGCUGCUGGAGGGCGAGGAGUGCAGGCUGAGUGGGGAAGGUGUUGGACAAGUCAACAUCUCUGUGGUGCAGUCCACCGUCUCCGGAGGCUAUGGCAGCGCUGGCGGCUAUGGCAGUGCCAGCGGUGUGGGCAGUGGCUCAGGCCUGGGCGGAGGCAGCGGCUACUCCUAUGGCAGCGGCCACAGCCUGGGAGCUGGCUUCAGUUCCAGCAGCGGCAGAGGCAUUGGGGGUGGCUUCAGCUCCUCUGGGGGCAGCAGUUCCACCAUCAAAUACACCACCACCUCAUCCUCCAGCAGGAAGAGCUACAAGCACUAA